AGUGGACUCUUUAGAAACUAGUAUAUUCAUGAACGUGGGAUACUAAGUGUUUGAAGCAGGUUUGCUUUAGAUGGGGUCUAAUUAAUACUUUUCUCAAAAACCAUUGCUCACAGGGGGACAAUGAAUUAUACUGUGCAAACUGUAACCGUGGAACCCAAAAAAAUAUUAAAAUUGAUAAUGCGUAUGAUAGAUAUUAAAAACAAGUUGUUUUGUAUUACACUGAUCAAAUGUAUUACUUUUAUCAAUAAAAAAAGAUCUGGACUAAUUUAUGGAAAAAAAGUCAUUUUAUCAAGAGUUGCCUGCAGCAUAACGUUAAUGAUUCACCAUUAAUGUUAAAAGACAAAUAAUUCUAACCCAAUCCACCUGGAAAACCUAGAUGAAAGUUCUAAGGAUAACAAUAAAAACUAAUGUCGAGUAAAAAUGAUAUCACAGUCAAAAUUAAAUUCGAUGGUCAUUUAACGCAUCAUUUGGAUGUAGUAGGUUGCAUAUCUCGAGAUAUAUUGGUUUACAUUGUUGAACACUGGAACAUAUUUUCUGACUCGCGUCACCUGACAUUUAAAGCUAGGUUUAUCUGGAUAUCUGACGACCCCUAACGUAGCCCACAAGAUAUUUCCAGUCUCAACUUUUGCAGCUGAGGGAAAGUGACCAUUAUAGCAUCACGGGACAGGACGAGCGGCUGCUCGGACACUCGGACACACACACACACACACUCCGGGGUCAAGAUCCAGAGACGUUGAUGUGACGGGCUUUGGACACUGAGCAGGGUCUUCCCGCCGAGAGGCAGCCACAGCCUCUUACAACAACAGGAUUCAUAGCUUGACCAUUACGGUUUCAGGGAGUGUGCAGAGCCGGUGGUACCGAACAUGCCGCCUGCAGCAGCAACCAAAGGAGGCCACGCACCACCAGAUGGAGGCUGGGGCUGGGCUGUUGUCGUUGGCGCUUUCAUCUCCAUAGGAUUCUCCUAUGCCUUUCCCAAGUCCCUCACCAUCUUCUUUAAGGAGAUUCAGGAAUAUUUUACCGUCUCCUACAGCGAGAUUGCAUGGCUGUCCUCAGUCAUGCUCGCAUCCAUGUAUGCAGGAGGACCUGUGAGCAGCGUACUGGUCAACCGCUAUGGCAGCAGACCUGUGGUUAUGGUCGGUGGGCUCAUGGUCAGCGCUGGCAUGGUGCUUGCUUCUUUUGGCAGGACUAUCAUGCAUCUGUAUCUUUGCGUUGGAGUUAUUGGUGGUUUUGGACUCGCCCUCAACCUCCAGCCGGCCCUGACGAUCAUAGGUACCUACUUCCAGGUCAAAAGGCCCAUGGCGAACGGGAUCGCCAUGGCAGGAAGUCCAGUUAUUCUCUUCACUCUUGCUCCUCUCAAUCAGUUUCUGUUUGACUCUUUUGGCUGGAGAGGGAGCUUCCUCAUCCUGGGAGCCAUUGUUCUGAACUGCUGCGUAGCCGGCGCUUUGAUGAGACCGGUUCAUACUAAUACCCGACCAAAACCAAAGACUGAUCCAGCUGAGGAAGCCGCUGCUCCAGACCCCGGUGAGCAGUCCUCCGACCUCCUGGCCAAAGAGAACCAAGACGAGAGCAAGAGUCCGGGCUGUCUUGCCAAAUUCAUAGAUUUGUCCCUUUUCAAACACCGGGGCUUCCUCAUUUAUCUCAUUGGUAAUGUGGUCAUGUUUUUUGGCUUCUUUGCGCCGGUGGUCUUCAUGGCUGCGAAAGCAAAGCAUCAAGGGAUCGAUGAAUAUUCAGCAGCUUUCUUGCUCUCCAUUUUUGCUCUGGUGGACAUGUUUGUGAGACCGGCGACCGGCCUCAUUGGCAACAGCAAGUGGAUUCGGCCACGGAUCCAAUACUUUUUCAGUUUUGCAGUGUCCUUCAAUGGCGUGUGCCACCUUCUCUGCCCACUGUUACCGGGAUACGCGGGUCUGGUUGUGUACGCCGUCAUCUUCGGUGUGGCGUUCGGGAUGGUGUGUGCACUGCUUUUUGAAGUUCUGAUGGACCUUGUUGGAGCUCAUCGCUUCUCCAGUGCGGUUGGACUCGUCACCAUUAUCGAGUGUGGACCAGUGCUUCUUGGACCUCCACUUUCAGGAGCCCUGGUUGACAUUUUCGGAGAAUACAAAUACAUGUACUAUGCGUGCGGAGUGUUUAUGCUGGUGCCGGGCAUAUUUUUCUUCAUCAUGCAUUACUUCAACUACAAGAAACUGGACGAGGAGAAGAGUGUGGCUGCGGAUAUGAGGACUUGUGAAGAGGCAGUAAAACUUAAAAUGAGCCAGGAUGGAAAUACAGCACAUGAAAACGAUGGAUGAAAACGCUGAGUAUGAUUUUAUUUGAAUCGAUAGACAGAUGACACCGCAUGCACAGGCUUUAAUUCAAUUUAAUGUAUUGCAUCGCCCAAAAUCACAAAUUUGAAUACGAGGGCUUUACAAUCUGUACUGCAUGCAACAUGCUCCCCCCCCCACCCCCGGUAAAUGAAAAAAUGUUAGGGAGACGAACUUCUGUCCAUCCUCGGAGAGGAUAGAAGAGACUGAGGAUAGAGGGCAUGUGUAUUAACAUAGAUUUAACCACAUAAUAUAAUUACUACACAGCUAACACCUACACCAUAAAUGAUUCAUAUAAUGAAAGUAGUAAGCAGUAUAAUGAUGGAAAAAAUUACGACUAAUACUAAAGACACCAGCAGUAAUAGAAGCAAAGAAUAAUAGUCAAAGCAUUAAUGUUAGCAGUAAUAAUAGAAAUGUGACUAACAGUUGUUUUUUACUUUGGAUGAGGUUGUUAGUCUUUGGACCCGUUCAACAUUUGGUAUUUUAUUGGUUAUUGUACAUUAUUAUUACAUCAUGGGUCAACUGUAACUCUACUUUUAUUUCAUAAACAUCCAGAAAGGCGACAGUUCCUUGCAGUUUCCAAUGUAUUUAUCAUAAUGACUCAUUUAAUAUGGGUCCUCUUUGUUUUGUCGAGUGGCUUUACCGAGGGGCUGAAUACAAUAAAAUGACCUUACUAAUCAAGUAGAUUUUUAUAUUUUAUAUUUUUAAAUGAUGUCUUAUAGUAUUGCACUGUUUAUUGUUAUGCACCAUUCACCUGGUCACAUGUCUUGUAUGUGUAACGUUCUUGGCAAUACAGUGUUUACUACCAUCUUCUUACCACUAGAUGGCACUGGACUCUACCAUGUGAGUCCUCAAGGUGCAACACAUCUCUCCGAUGAACUAAACUGCAAUAAAACUACAGGCAUCUUCA